UAAAAUGAUUGCUGUUGUGGGACCUGAUUUGGCUGACAUGACACUCCUGACCUCCCGGGUCCUCACGCUUUACCGUCUUCCACAGAUCAGCUACAGUGCCAAAGACCAGCGAUUCACUGACCCAAAUCUUUUCCCACUCCUGUUCCGCAUGGUGCCCAAUGAGAACCACCAGAUCUACGGAAUCCUUUCGCUGAUACAAGCCUUUGAGUGGAAGUGGGUUUCUGCUGUGGGCAGUGGCACAAAAUCAAGCAAGAAAGCAAUCCAGACAUUGGUUGCUGAAGCUUCCGCUAGGAAUAUCUGCAUUACCUACCGAGGGGUAAUGAUGGGGGAUGAUGAGAUUGCGAAGAUCCAGCUCCAGAGGAUUGUGAGUAGCACUGUGAAAGCGAAAACUAACAUCACAAUCGUUUAUGCAGAAGAAGAUGCUGCCUAUAAAUUCUUCAAAACUGUUGUCGAGCUGAAGGUGACGGGCAAAGUUUGGCUUGCACUGGAGUCAUGGGUCUUAUCCAGUUUAGUUGCCUCAAUACCAGGCAUUGAGAAAACCGGCACUGUCAUCGGUCUGACCAUCAAGCCCAUUAAGUUACCGCAGUUCACACGUUUUGUGGAGAGAACCAUGCGCUGUAAGGUGUUAAGUAACAGAACCAGCCUGGUGUUCUCUGGGUCUGAAAAACGGGCUGAAACAGAGAGUUGCAGCCAGUUGUGUGAAGAGUGUCAUUGGUUGCCUCAGGAAUCUCUGGCUAACAUUUUAAAGUCUUCCAUUUGGCACUGGUCCUUCUACACCUAUGCUGCCAUCUACGCUGUAGCAGAGGCUCUGCACUUGCGUCUCAAGUGUGAUACGGGAUCCUGUCAAAGAGAUGACAAUUUUGAACCUUGGCAGCUUUAUGAUUGGUUGUACAACGUGAACUUCCCUCUGCAGAACUAUACCAUCAGAUUCAGCUCACAAGGAGAUAUUUUCCUUGGCUAUGAUGUGCUUACCUGGAUCUGGACAAAUGGCACAGUAGUUGCUAAGAGGAUUGGCAAUUUUAGUUCUGAAACCCUGAAUAUUACUAGCAGCAAAAUAAGAUGGGCAACGCCAGACGGCCAGGUUCCACAGUCAGUUUGCAUCACAGUGUGUGAUGAAGGCCAGAUCCGAAGCAAGCAAAUGUUGGAUGAAUGCUCAUGUCGCUGUGAAGACUGUCUGGAGGGGACCUACCCAAAUCAAACAUAUCUGGAUACCUGCAUCCCUUGCCCACCAAGCACCUGGUCACCACAGAAAAGCCAACAGUGCUUUCCCCCCACCCUCACUUUCCUCAACCUCAAGGACACCACUGUCACCAUCUUGCUGAUCCUGAGCAUCGCCGACUUAUUCCUGCUCUGCAGCUGCCUGCUGGUUUUCGCCACACACUGGCAAACCCCCGUGGUCAAAGCAGCAGGAGGCAAGCUGGCAUUCAUCAUGCUGGGUUCGCUGCUGACAUGCUGCGCUGCCACUAGCGUCUUUGUCGGGAGGCCCACCACAUUCAGUUGCCUGAUCCGACAGCCCAUCUUUGCCCUCAGCUUCACCUUGUGUGUCUCCUGCCUUCUGGUCCGCUCCUUUCAGAUCAUCUUCAUCUUCAAAAUGGCGCACAAGCUCCCAAUGGUCCGCAAGUAUUGGCUCAAGUACCAGGGGUCAUACUUCUUUGUCGCCAUCAGCUGCGGGUUGCAGGCUUUGCUCUGCUUCCUCUGGCUUUAUUUCUCCCCUCCCUCUUUGCACAGCGAUGUGGUCAGCAAGAAGGAAAUCUUCCUCCGGUGCUCCGAGGGUCAUUUCCUUGGGCUGUGGGCCGUGCUGGCCUACAUUACGCUGCUGUGCGGGGCCUGCUUUGUGUUUGCCUUUUGGGGGCGGAAGCUGCCCAAGAACUACAAUGAAGCCCGCCUCCAGACGAUCAGCAUGCUGGUCUUUCUCAUGGCCUGGGGCAGCUUCAUGCUCAUCUACACCACCACGGAAGGGAAAGGGAAGCAGAUUGCCGCCCUGCAGAUGUUCACCGUGCAGACCAGUGUCUACGCUAUCCUGUGCACCUUCUUCCUCCCAAAAUGCUACAUCAUCCUUUUCAAGCCACAGGCCAACACCGUCGCUCACUUCCAGACAUGCAUCCAGGCCUAUACAGCCACCGUCUGCAAUUCAGCCAAGUAA